CGACUCUUCCCGGUUUUCCCUGUUUUCCCAGAUGCCGGGAGGUUCCGGCCAGACCAUCCGGAAAGGCCACAGAGGGGUGGAUUCCACGGGGGAAACCACCUACAAAAAGUACUCCCUGUGCAGCGAGCCCCUCAUCGAGCUCUCCAACUCGGGCGCCAGCGGCUCCCUCUUCUACGUGUCCGGCGACGACGAGUUCAUCAUCAAGACCGUGCAGCACAAGGAGGCCGAGUUCCUGCAGAAGCUGCUGCCUGGCUACUACAUGAACCUGAACCAGAACCCCCGGACGCUCCUUCCCAAGUUUUACGGGCUCUACUGCGUCCAGGCGGGCGGGAAGAACAUCCGGAUCGUGGUGAUGAACAACCUCCUGCCCCGCUCGGUGAAGAUGCACCUCAAGUACGACCUCAAGGGCUCCACCUACAAGCGCAGGGCCUCCCAAAAGGAGAGGGAGAAGGUCUUCCCCACCUACAAGGACCUGGAUUUCAUGCAGGACAUCCCCGACGGGCUCUUCCUGGACUCGGACAUGUACAACGCCCUGUGCAAGACGCUGCAGAGGGACUGCCUGGUCCUGCAGAGCUUCAAGAUCAUGGACUACAGCCUGCUGGUGGCCAUCCACAACAUGGACCUGGCGCAGCGGGAGCAGGGCCUGGCCGACGGCGCGGCCCCGGCGGACACGCGGCGCCCGGCGGCGCAGAAGGCCCUGUAUUCCACGGCCAUGGAAUCCAUCCAGGGAGAGGCCAGGAGAGGGGGAACCAUCGAGACUGACGACCAGUGGGAGGUGUCCGUGUCCAAGGUCUGGGGGAUCUUGGUGGAUUCCAACCCAGACCAUUCCAGAACUAGAAUAUUAAUAUUCUUCUCCCUUGCCAGGUUUGUGAAGAAGUUGGAGCACUCCUGGAAGGCCCUGGUGCACGACGGGGACACGGUGUCCGUGCACAGGCCCAGCUUUUACGCCGAGAGGUUCCAGCGCUUCAUGUGCAACACGGUCUUCAGGAAAAUCCCACGUGAGCCUUG